CCUUAACAACCCCAACAACACCACCAACAACAACAAGAGCUCUUCUGGUCUCCCUGGAUCUGUUUAUUCCAUUACUAGUCAUUAAAGAAUCAGUUCUCACAGAUUAUUCAAGAUUCGCUGAUAAAUGUGCUCAGCUCAUGCGUUUGAGGAAGAAUUACACACUCAGUACCAAUGCCUUCAAUUAAAGGACACAUUAAUAGCAAAAAUAUUACAUAUGUAUGAACAGUGUCAGCACUGAUAUAAUGCCAUCCUGACUACUACAUGCAUUAACCUGUGAAUGUAACCUCAUUCAGAUAGUUCUAUUCACUAUUUUUCUAAAUUAUUUUAUCUGAUGAGCAUUCAGUUCACUGUUAUCUAAGGAACUGUGCAUGUAAGUGAUGUUUCUUUUAUAUGAACGCUUCAGUAUUGGCUAUAGACUGUGUGUACAUGCAUUCAAAGCAUUAAACUUCUUUUUUUAUGGUGGUAUUUUUUGGAAAGGAAAUUGGGCAUUCAACUGUAAUGAAGGAAUCAUAUUUGCAUCAAGAAAUAAGCCAUGAAUUUGCUCCACCUCAUUAUUUAUUUCUAGAUAAAAUUUGAAUUUACAUGCUGUGCAUGUGUAUGUGUGUGUGUGUGUGUGUGUGUGUGUGUGUGUGUGUGUGUGUGUGUGUGUGUGUGCAUGCAGUCAUUACAUACAAUGCCUGUGUUCAUUGUCUCUAAUAUAUAUAUAUAUGUAUAUAUGUAUAUAUAUACAGUACAUAAUAUAGUUAUAACAGUAUUUCCCUUGGUGAUUUAAUAUUUAUCAAAAUAUUUCAAGUUUAGCAGAAGAAUAUUCAGCCAAAAAAAGUGAGACCACUUUAUUAUUCAGUUGUAAUUAAUAUGAACAUGUGCCAGAUUUUAAGCCUGUUGCAGUGGGGUAUGCCCAUUUCAGUGUUUUGAACAUUUCUCACAUUAAGUUAUCUCGGAAACCUACAAAUAAGAGCACAUACUAAAAGUUUUUGUCAGUCAUUAGUGUAUCAAACACUUUAUAAAACUAUUUUCUUUUAAAUAAGACCUUUUAUGAAAGUUCAUACAUAGUGUUAGUAUAAGCGGUACAAUUGUUUUUUUAUGAUGGGUUUCUUACUAUAACUCUUAUGAAAAUUAAAGUUUAUAUUAAAUUCAAAAUGCAGGAGAAUUUUCAUAUAAGAUCAAAUUGUUUCUGUUACUAAUGUCUUAGAACAUUUGUAAGAGUUGUAAGCAUCAAGAGCAAAUAAUUAAAUGUAUGUAGAAAUAUAUUAGGAUUCAGAAAAAAUUCUAAUUUACCUACCCUCAUAUGCAGUUUCUAAUGUAUCUACCAACUAACUAGUCAAACAGCCAACUGACCAACUAACCAAACCAACCAACCAACCAACCAACUUAUUAAUCAAACCAACAAAUAAACCGAACCAAACCAAACCAGGCGCCCUUUCAUCUACCUCCCUUCCUAUCUACCUCUUUUCCCCUCCCAUCUACUUAUCAAAAUACUGCCCUCCCAUCUACUUACCAAAAUACUGCCCUCCCAUCUACCUACAUAUGUACCUAGGCUCUGUCAAAGAAUCACAUUAGUCUUCACUUCUAAAACAAACUGAUAUAGCAAUACAAAUGAGUGCCCAUAGAGAACAGAAACCAUAUCAGUGUUUGGUAUGUCGAAAAAGAUUUUCACAAAAAUAUGUUCUAAUACGACAUGAAAAAAUACAUACAGGAGAGAAACCAUAUCAGUGUUUAGUAUGUCUGAAAAGUUUUUUAGAAAAAUCAAAUCUUGUAACACAUUCUAGAAUCCACACAAAAGAAAAACUGUACGAGUGUUCAGAGUGUCUAAAAGACUUUACACAAAAAUCUACACUAAUUACACACAUGAGAAUUCAUACAGGAGAGAAACCAUAUCAGUGUACAGUGUGUCUGAAGAACUUUUCUCAAAAUCGCAAUCUAAUAACACAUAUGAGAAUUCACACAGGAGAGAAACCAUAUCAGUGCUCAGUGUGUCUCAAAAGUUUUUCAGAAAAGGCAAAGCUAGUGGGACAUGAAAAAAUUCAUACAGGAGAGAAACCAUAUCAGUGUUCAGUGUGUGUAAAAGACUUUUCUCAAAAAAAAGCUCUAGUAAAGCAUGAAAGAAUUCAUACAGGUGAAAAAUCUUACGAGUGUUCAGUGUGUCAAAGAAAAUUUUUAGACAAAGCAAAAUUAAUAACGCAUACAAGGAUUCAUACGGGGGAGAAACCAUAUCAGUGCUCAGAGUGUCUAAAAGAUUUUUCACAAAAAGGUACCCUAAUAAAACACGAGAAAAUUCACACAGGAGAAAGACCAUAUAAAUGUUCACUGUGCGUAAGAAAGUUUUCUGUCAAAGGAAGUUUAAUACGACAUUCACGAGUACAUACGAAAGAGAAACCAUAUCAUUGUUUAGUGUGCCAAAAAAAUUUUUCUGAAAAAAGUUCUCUAGUAAAACAUCAGAGAAUUCAUACAGGAGAAAAACCCUAUCAAUGUUUAGUGUGCCUAAAGAACUUUUCAGAAAAGUCUAAUUUAGUUAAACAUACUAGACUUCAUACUAGAGAAAAGCUGUUUCAGUGUUCAGAAUGUCUAAAAGACUUUUCACAAAAAUUCACUUAAUGAUACACAUGAGAACUCAUAAAGGAAAGAAUAUGUGACACAUUAAUAUUUCCAUAACUGUUGCAAGAUAUAAUACAUGUUCAAUGUAUUAUUUUAAAACAUGUUCUAAAAAUAUGCUAUGAAAACAGAGCCAAAACCUUUUAUGUUGAAAAGUCAUUUCACGAUUGUUGUGUUAGCACAAUUCACAGAGAACAAAAUCCUAAUCUUUAUUCCUUAGACAUUAACAAUUAAAUAAAACAAUGGAGA